UUGUCAUUGCUAUGUCGUACGCAAAAAAAAAAAGGUAUUUUCUAAGAAUAUACAAGGUACACUCAAGGGUUUAGUUGAGGAAAUGAGUGGAGUGAAAACCAUGGGUCAAAUCCCAGCAGAAACCCAAAAAUCAGUGUGAUACUUUUCUAGUCGUCUCAUUAUUGGUAAAUCUGUACUUGUGUGCCAGUAGGAAAUGAUAAGUAGCUGAUGGAAUAGUCGAGGUCCGUGCAAACUAGCCACUGAAACCACCAUGACAUGGUGAUAAUUUUAGGGUUAACAAGUGACAGGAAGCUACAAGGAAUCUUUAUUAAUUUACUUGAUCACCUAGCAGUUUAGUUAUUUAAGUGAAAUUCCACCUUAAAGUGCAUUAUAUUUCACUACCAUUUGUCGAUAUAUCUUGAUAAUAACUCAACCAUGUCCUUUGCCUAUAAAUUCGUAGUUUCUUUCAUUUGGCCUAAACACCACAAAGAUCCUAUAGUAGUCAUCUUUAAUGGCAUCAACUAGUAAACUUGAAAGCAAAAAGAUCAAUGGCACUGUUGUCGUUGUGAAAAAGAGAGCUUUAGAGCUUGUUCCAUCUGAAGUGGUUCCACAGAAAGUUUAUGAGAUUCUUGGAGACAAGGUUACACUGCAGCUUAUCUCUUCUGUUAAUGGAGAUUCAGAAAAUAAAGGGAAACUUGGGAAUCCAGCACAUUUGAGAGAUGAGAAUAAAGUAGGCGAUGAAUCAAAGUUCAGUGUCACAUUUGAUUUGGACGAAGAGUUUGGAGCUCCGGGAGCAUUCAUCAUCAAGAACUUCAAUCCUAAUGAGUUCUUUCUCAAGAAACUGACUCUUGAAGUUGAUGAUCCAAGUCAUGGUGGCAUGCAUUUUGUCUGCAAGUCUUGGGUUUAUCCAGCUGAAAAGUACAAAUCUGACCGCAUAUUCUUUGUGAAUCAGGCUUGGCUUCCAAGUGAAACUCCAGUAAAAUUGCGCUGGUAUAGGGAAGAGGAAUUGUUGAACUUGAGAGGAAAUGGAAUUGGGAAGCUUGAGGAGUGGGACAGGGUUUAUGACUAUGCUUAUUACAAUGACCUUGGAGAACCUGAAAAGGGUUCAACUUAUGUCAGGCCAAUCCUAGGAGGAUCUACAAAGUAUCCUUAUCCGCGUAGAGGAAGAACCAGUAGAUCACCAACAAAAACAGAUCCUAAUUCUGAGAGCCGGCUCCCACUGCUAAUGAGCUUUGACAUUUAUGUUCCAAGGGAUGAAAAAUUUGCACCCUUAAAGAUGACCGACUUUAUUGGAAUAGCACUUAAGGUCAUCGUUCAGCUCCUUGUCCCCGAGCUCGAGUCUUUAGGAAACAUCAACCUUAAUGAGUUCAACAGCUUUGAAGAUAUUUUAAAAAUUUAUGGAGGAGGAGUCAAUCUUCCUGAUGAUGUUUUGCAGAGAAGUAGUGCAGAGAUGCUCAAGGAAUUUAUUCAAAGUUCUGGUCAUGAGUUUCUUAAGUAUCCAAUGCCACAGGUUAUAAAAGAGGAUAAGUCGGCUUGGAGGACUGAUGAGGAAUUUGCAAGAGAGAUGCUUGCUGGAAUAAACCCUGUCUGUAUUUGUGGCCUCAAAGAGUUUCCUCCAACUAGUAAGCUGGACCCCAAAGUCUAUGGUGACCAAACUAGCAAAAUAAGCAGAGAACAUAUUCAAAAUCAGUUGGAUGGACUCACUAUAGAAGAGGUGAUCAAGGGGAAUCAGCUUUUCAUAUUGGAUCAUCAUGACACAUUAAUGCCAUAUAUGAGGCAGAUCAAUAUGACAAGUACAAAAAUUUAUGCCUCAAGAACUCUCCUCUUUCUACAAAAAGAUGUGACUUUGAAGCCGCUAGGCAUUGAACUAAGCUUGCCUCAUCCUGAUGGAGAUCAGCAUGGUUUCAUUAGCAAAGUUUUUACACCACAGGAAGAUGGCGUUGACGCUUCCAUAUGGCAAUUGGCAAAAGCUUAUGUUGCAGUCAAUGACUCUGGGGUUCAUCAGCUAAUCAGCCACUGGUUACACACCCAUGCCACAAUAGAGCCAAUUGUGAUCGCGACAAACAGGCAACUAAGUGUGCUUCAUCCUAUCUAUAAGCUUUUGCAUCCUCACUUUCGUGAUACAAUGCACAUAAAUGCAUUGGCUAGACAGACUCUACUUAAUGCCGGAGGAAUUCUUGAGCAAACAGUUUUCCCUACAAAAUAUGCCAUGGAGAUGACCUCAGCAGCUUACAAGGAUUGGGUUUUUCCUGAGCAGGCCCUUCCUGCUGAUCUUAUCAAGAGAGGUGUGGCAAUUGAGGAUCCUGAAUCAGAAAAAGGUGUCCGUCUUCUAAUCCAGGACUAUCCAUAUGCUGUGGAUGGGCUAGAAAUAUGGGCAGCUAUCAAAAGUUGGGUUCAGGAGUAUUGCACUAUCUAUUACAAAACAGAUGACAUGAUUCAGAAGGACACUGAACUUCAAGCCUGGUGGAAGGAACUCCAAGAAGAGGGACACGGUGAUAAGAAAGACGAGCCAUGGUGGCCUAAAAUGCAGACCCUCAAAGAACUGACCGAUUCAUGCACCAUAAUUAUCUGGAUUGCUUCUGCUCUUCAUGCAGCCAUCAAUUUUGGGCAGUAUCCUUAUGGUGGCUACCUACCAAACCGCCCCUCAAUGAGCCGAAGGCUCAUGCCUGAACCAGGCAGUCCAGAGUAUGAAGAGCUGAAGACGAACCCUGAAAAAGGAUAUCUGAGGACAAUUACACCACAACUUCAAACUCUCAUUGGAAUUUCUGCUAUAGAAAUUUUGUCAACACAUUCUUCAGAUGAAAUCUACCUUGGCCAAAGAGACACUCCUGACUGGACUAACGACAAAGCGCCAUUACAAGCUUUAGAAAGAUUUGGAAAGAAGCUAGCUGAAAUUGCAGAAAAAAUAAUAAAGAUGAACAAUGACAAGAAAUGGAAGAACAGAAUGGGGCCUACUAAGAUGCCAUAUACAUUGCUUUAUCAUAUAAGUGAACCAGGACUUACUGGAAAAGGAAUACCAAACAGUGUCUCUAUAUAAAGUUGUUAUCUUUACCAUCAUUUGCACUAGACUUCAAUAACACUCUUCCUAAUUAUCUAAUUUGGAAGUUAAGACUAAAACAGCAACAGUUUGUAACUAAUAUUUGAAUUAUCUAGUUAACUUUGGAAAAAUAUUUCUUUUUUAUUAUAUAUAAAAAGUAAAUAAAAGUUGGUACUGUGAUUUUGGAGUGAUGA